AAGAGAGAAAGACGAGAUCGAGGCGCAGCGCAUUUCCCGUCGGCCAAUCUUUCAAUUCCACCAUAGCCACACCUCCCGAGGUCCAGUAUGCCUCCGCCGGUUGCAGGACCUUCUCUCCCUCCUGGCUUUCAGAGAUCCCCUCACGAUGACAGCGAGGAUGACGACGAGGUCGUCGGCCCGGCCGCCCCUACAGGACCUCCUGCCGACGAUGGAGAGGAUGGCAUGAGCUACGCUGAGCGGACCUUUCUUGAACGAGAGCAACGUAGGAGGGAGGCAGAGGAGCCCAAGCAUCCAGCAGCACCUCAAAGCUACAGCGCCCGGACUGGAUGCUUGCCCCUCCUUCUUCCUCUUCUCUCGCCGACCUUCUUGGCGGCGCAAGCUCGUCACGACCCCAAGACGGGCCACCCGCAGGCGCUCUGAAAGCUCGAGGCUUCCAGCAAGGAGCUCAGCGCGUCCAGAAGAAGGGGGGAGGUGGAGCAGGCGGGGAUGACGAAGCAGGUAUGCGCCUCUGGACGGAAACUCCUCAGGAGAGGAUGCGGAGGCUUAAGGACGAGGUGGAUGGAGCUCGGCCGCGCUCCUCAGCUGAUGCAGCUGCAAAUGAAGGUGGUGAUGCAGCGGCUUCUGCCCGCAGAAGACGGGAUGAGGAGAUUGCAGCGCAAGUUGCGGAAAAUCGUAGAUCAGCUCCCGGUGGUGGAAAGAGCUUGUUGGAGGAACAUCAGGCCAAAAGGAGGGAGGAGUAUCGGAAGGAGAAGAGCAGCAAGAGGGACCAGGAGAAUGGACCCAGUCAUAGGCGGAGAAGCAAGAGAGAUCAGAGCGACGAUGAGGGCGGCUACUCGUCCUCUUCUUCAGAAGCUUCAUCACGGCGAGAGAAGAGCAGCAAGAGUCGACGACGAGAACGUGAUUCGGAUCGCCAUGGCAGCAGCUCCAGCAGGAGUAGGCGCCAUCGCGACGACGGGGAUCGAGAUCGCCAUCACAGGAGCCGUCGCCACGACGAUGACCGAGAUCGCGACCACCACAGGAGCAGCAGCACCAGUCGACGCAGACAUCGCCACCACGACGAGCGUAGCGACAGCGAGGACAGCGAAGAGCGUAGACGUCGUCGUAGAAAGCGUCGUGAGCGCGAAGGAGAGGACAAGGAAGACCGCCAGAGCACCAAGUCCAAGUCUAAGUCCACAUCUUCAUCGGGGUCAGCACCACCCAAGAUGUGGGACCGUGAAGCGGCCAUGUCCUUCAUCCCUCGAAUGGACGAGGCCAAGAAGGCUGAGCUGCUAGGUGGAGCAAGUGGUGGGUUAAGCGAUCGGUUUGGUAGCGCGUCAGGUGGGGGAGGCGGCGGACGAUUCUUGUAGGUGGAAGAGUGAUGAGCGAGCAAUCAAUCUUCUGUGCACGAGGGGAUGUGCUGCUGCAAAUAUCUGCAUGUCGUAUGAGAGGGCGUGGGUAAAAGUACAAGGACAACGAGUGGGAGUGGGGCCAGAUCGGACGAGGGGAGAAGUGCGGCGCCAGACGAACAAAGUAGCCAGGACUGUCGUUCCGCUCCUCAGAUGCAGAUACGGUACGAGCAGUAGCGACCAGACGUCUCGGAUGCUGUGUGA